AUGUUCAGUGUAGCACAAACUUUGUUGUGGAGACUGUCAUCUUCUGUCUUUACAGACAUAUUUUAUGUGCUCAACUUGCCAAGAUGCUAUGCUUCAACCGUGGACAAAUAUCAAAUCCAGCAUGAGCAUAUGACUAAGGAUGAAUGCCUUGUUGUGGACAAUUUUGAUCGUGUUCUAUUCACAGCUUCAAAAAAGAAUUGUCACUACAAAGGUGGCUUAUUACAUCGGGCAUUUAGUUUGUUCAUAUUUCGCGCAUCACCUUCAACUGCUGGUUCAUUGGAGCUUUUGGUACAACAACGUUCUACGUCGAAGCUCACGUUUCCAUUAUUAUGGACUAAUAGCUGUUGUAGUCACCCCUGCGUUAAUUAUGAUGGUGAAACUGAGGAGGCGAACGCUCUCGGUGUUAAACGUGCGGCCCGACGUAAGGCAAAUCAUGAACUUGGGAUUGAUAUUACUAGAUGUUUAUCCAUUGAGGAUAUUCAUUUUUUGACGCGCAUUAUUUACUCGGCUUCCAAUGAGCCCGAGGACAAUAUGUGGUGCGAGAGGGAAGUGGAUUACCUUCUGGCCAGCAUUCUUCCUCCAAAUCUCUAUGGUGGUCAGAAUACUUUCUUGUAUAAUUUUUUUCAUUCGCUUUUGAGAUUUACAUAUAUAGAGCAGAGUAUUGAUACUAAACAGGGUCAGCACAUGUUUGCUGUUGUAAAAACUGUUGGACAAGCAAGGCAAAAUUUUGGGGCAAACAUUCAUAAUUUUGCUUUAAUUGAUUACAUAGGUGAAUUAUCACUUGAUACUUUUGUUUCUCAACUAGUUAGUAAAACUGUGCUAAAUGGACCAAAAAACACGCUGACGUCCUCAAUAAAAAACGGCUAA